AUGAGAGAUCGGCCCGUCAUCAGCAUCGAAAAUUACACCAUAAACUGCGGCGAUGCUGAUGAGAGCAAAUUAGGUGGCUGCGCGAUAGCUGUGAGGAACGAUUACAAGAACCUGGUGGAGGAAUUUGGCUCAACGUCGUCUAGAUGCGCCUUUUUACGACUGCGGGAUCGCGGAGGACGUGAACUCUGGAUCGUAAGUGCUCGCGCAUCUACGGAAACCUACGUCAAGAGCGGUGGAUUUGAAAAGGCGUGGGAGGAUAAGAACCCACGAAAAGCCUAUUUUUUACUGAAACAGUAUAGUUGCAAAAUGAAAGGAUGCUCUCCUGUCCUUAACACUGCCAAUGAAGUAGCUGUCGGUAUUGGAGCGCAUUAUCCUGACCGACUCAUUAAACAUCGCGAAGAAACAACGCGCGACAAGCAAGCUGGCUUUCGUCCUGGCCGAUCUACGAUUGACCAGGUGUUCAUCGUCAGAAGAGUGGUCGAAAUCUGGCAGCGGCGUCUUCUCAACGCGCUCCGCGCCGAUGGAGUACCAGGAAAGUUCGUUCGCUUGCUUGAUGACAUGAAUCAACGAACAACUGCUGCAGUUCGAACACCAGCCGGAUGUACAACAGCAUUCGGGGUGGUAACUGGAGCAAGAUAA